UCUUGGAGGGGUUUGCCAGAUCUCAGCUGAGGUGGUAACUCUGUUCCUGAAGAAGAGAACUUUGACUUUUCACAGUUACACUGCUGAGAGGGACUGAGCGCUGGGAGCUGCAGGUUCCAGGUUCCGGCUCUUUACCUGCCGGGAAACCAGUGCACAGACCCUGUUACUUAUUCAUGACUACCACACUGCCCUGCCUUGGUCCUGCUUCUUGGCCACGCUUUCUUCCCAUCAACCCUGGGCCCACUCAGCUGUGGCCAGUUUGUCUCUCUGGCAUUAUUGGUUCCUAGUCUUUCUGCUCUGGAGGAGCAGGAAGGGGAGAACCCUAGGUUUUGGAGCUGUUUCGUGGAGGCAUGAACUCAAAAGCCUUUGGGGAGCCCCACCUGCCUAGGGAGAAGGUGUUUCUCCCCUCCUGGGCUCUUUCUAUGGGACAUUUUUGAGAUGGUUUGGCUCUCAGGGCCGAGCUACCCUGACGGUCCGAAGGCGUCAAGGCCACUUCCUGGUGUGGGGCAGCCCCGCCCCCUCAGCCCAUACUUACUUGUGGGCGGACGUUCAUGUCCACACCUGUGCUGCAUCAGUUGCUCAGCCUUGACAACGUCUCCUGUGCUCAGAAUCCUUUCUCAGAAGCUGACGGUUUAUGGUAAUCCUGCCUGGGCGCCUCUGAACUUUUGCUUUCGGUCACGCGCAAGUCUCAGGGUCCUCCCUCCUAGUUGCCUUCUCGAGGGUGGGGCCGGAGGCCUAACAACUGCCUGGGAUAACAGCAUACCCAGGCAUAAACCGGACUUCGUGCUUCCAGCAAAGACACAACCAACAGAUGCAUGGAAAGACAGCUCUGAAGAGCACGGAGAAACUAGGCAGGGUCCAGAGACCCCGAGACUCCAGAGCUGCAGGCCCAGGGGAGGCGGCUGCAAGGAGGGCAGUUCUGCUGGGAUCAUGGCCCGUGGCCAGGCCCUAGAACCUCUGCACUGGCCAGAAGGCUUGAAGGGUGAAGACCUAAAGAAGUGUGGCCGAGAAGAGACACUACUGAGUAAAUACAACCAGCAAUAUCACAAGCUGUUUAAGGACAUCCCCUUGGAGGAGGUGGUUCUCAAAGUGUGCUCCUGCGCCCUCCAGAGGGACCUCCUUCUCCAGGGGCGGCUCUACAUCUCCCCCAACUGGCUCUGCUUCCAUGCCAGCCUCUUUGGCAAGGAUAUUAAGGUGGUCAUUCCCGUGGUGUCUGUGCAAAUGAUCAAAAAACACAAGAUGGCGCGGCUCCUUCCCAAUGGCCUGACCAUCACCACCACCACCAGCCAGAAGUAUGUCUUUGUGUCACUGCUCUCCCGGGACAGUGUAUACGACAUGCUGAGGAGGGUCUGCACCCACCUACAGCCUUCCAGCAAGAAGAGUCUGAGUGUAAGAGAAUUUCCAGAGGAACCUGAGUGCGAGUCUCUGGAGGUCCUCAUCCCUGAGAUGAAGUGGAGAAAAGUGUGCCCUGCUUCCAGGUCCCUGUCCCUCCAAGACAACAUCCCUUGUAUCCCUCGGGCAUCCAUGGACUCCACAGACAGCUUCUUCCCCUCCAGAAAGCCCACGGGGUCUGGUGAGUUCAGCGUGCUGGUCCAUGGCAACUGCUUGCAAAGACCAGGCUUUCCCUCCUCCCACUUCCGUGAAAAGAGAUCAUCACAGCCAGCAGGGCUUCUGAGAGCUGUUUCUUUCUUUCUCCAAAUCCAUAAUGGAAAGCCAAGAGCUCAAGUGACUUCAAAGAACAGGGGUAGCGGAGUGGGCUGGGGUCCUGCCUUCUGCUCCAGGAAGAUGCCUAACUCGGUCCCAUUGCAGAGAAUGCUGACUGUGAGGAGGAGAAGCUGGAGGAGGAGCCCAAGAGCAACGGGGAGCUGAGGCUCUGGGAUUACCGGCUCCUGAAGGUCUUCUUCGUGCUGUAGGUGACUGUUUGGGGGGCGGGCAGACCCAUAUGGGCGUCUGGGUGUUUAGAGCCAGGGUCUUGGUGUGUGAGGAGGUCAGUGUUCGGAGCAAGGGGAAGGUUCUGAGUCAACUGCAAGCUCCCAGGUGGCGUCUGGCGGCCAUGCAGCAGGCCCUUCUGGAGCAAGACAAAGUAUCUCCAGUUUAAAAUCCCUACAACCUUGUAAUUUAGGGUUAAGGCUAUGGGGAGGGCAAGAUAUGAAACUGUUGAAGAAAGAAAAAGUUGCACGGGAUUGGGGAGGAGGAGGGUUGGCAAAAUCUGAGAGGCUCAUCAGAUAGACUAGGGGAGAGCCACAGCCUUCCUACUGCCCACCGCUGGCGUGCUUUCUGGAAGCCCAGGACUGCCUGUAAUUCUGCCUAAGCAGAGCAAUGAGCAUGGUGGGAUGUUUUAUGAACAGCCAGCCUCUGGGUUCCCUAACCUUACCUCAUCACUUUCCUCUGUCUCUGCUGGCUGGGUUUUGACUGUGAACCUCAGCACUUGUCAGGGGAAGGGCUACCGCCUUAGGGGGUGAUCUUAGCAGCCUUGCUGAGGGGGCUGGUCAGAGGGAAGGUGGGCUCAGCUGAAGGACCCAGAACUCCUGCUGGGCUUGAAGGACAGCUCCAUGGGAACGAGUCUCAGGACCCCCAUUUGGCCUCUGGGAAGAGAGAUGACCAGGUCUGAACAUAGCUGCAGGCAAAGGGUUCUUUAAUUCCUCCAACUGCAGGAACUAGCUUAGUCCCACUCCUAUUUUUGGUGAUCCUAUAAAAAUGCCCCUUUUCUAUAAGAGAGAUUCAACUCCUCCUUACCCCU